AUGGCAACUGCAAACGACGAAGUGAUCCUCUGCUGCGUGCAGGACAGCCCGGUCUCGUUCGACCUGCAGGCGUCUCUCGACAAGCUCACCAGCCUCGCGCGAGAGGCAGCCACCAAAGCUCGAGCAGCCGCAUCAUCGCCCUCGACUCCGAUCGUAGUCCUCUUCCCGGAGGCAUUCCUGAGUGCCUAUCCUCGAGGACUCGACUUUGGCGCCAAGAUCGGUCACCGCACCGCCGAGGGUCGAUCCUGGUUCGCACGUUAUCAUGCAUCAUCCGUGUCCGUGUGCGACACAGAGGGGCCCGAGAUGACGACUAUUCGAAACGCAGCCAAGGACAACGGCAUCACACUCGUGGCUGGUGUGAUCGAGCGAUGCGAUCGACCCGAGACGGGCAAGAAGAGGGCAGAGUAUGGAAGCAGCGUCGCAGGUGGAUCGGGUAGCAUCUAUUGCACCGCUCUCACCAUCUCUGAGACGGGAGAGGUGCUGGCCUCGCACAGGAAGCUCAUGCCUACGGGCACUGAGCGUCUGGUGUGGGGUCAGGGCGAUGGGCAGGGCAUCCGAGUGGCAUCCACUCGAGCUGGCAAUGUCGGUGCCGUGAUCUGCUGGGAGAAUUACAUGCCGCUGCUGAGAACGGCCAUGUACGAGAAGGGCGUCGAGAUCUACUGCGCACCCACGGCAGAUGGUCGACCCACUUGGACAUCGAGCAUGCAGCACAUCGCGAUGGAAGGUCGUUGCUAUGUCAUCUCGUGUAAUCAGUUCAACAAGCGGUCCGACUUUCCUCAAGACUACCCGGCGCUCAACGAUCUCAAGCCGGACGAAGUGGUUACGAGAGGAGGAAGCGUCAUCGUGGGACCUCUUGGCGAGAUCAUCGCUGGCCCGCUGUGGGAUCAAGCCGGCAUCCUGGUGGCCAAGGUGAACAAGAGCGAACUCAUCGAAGCCAAGAUGGACUUUGAUGCGGUAGGACACUAUGCCCGCAACGAUGUGCUCCGCUUGCAGGUCAACAGUUGA